UGGUAAGAAGCAGCCGAAAUAAUUAAAAUCCAUAAGAUUGAUUGUCAUGAUUUCAGAUGAUUCCAUCUAAAGUACGAAUAAUUAAUCAGAUUAAGAAUCAUCUACUAUAUGUCGACUUGAGUGGCAAGGAACAAAAGGAUUUACAUACCUAAAUGACGGCGUUGGAAGAACCUGCCGCAAAUAUAUGAGAUCGACACUGCUGUAUCAGUGCUUCGUGCAUUUUCAGCUGUUCUGUCAACACUGAAUUGCAGUUGGAAAAAUAUAAGUAUUCCAGGGUGGUAGGCAGGCUCGGCAGCAAGUCGAUCUCAGGGUAAUCAUUUAUUAUCAACUCUUGCAAGGAAGUCAAGCUGUGCAACCAAGCUGGCAGUGAUUUGAGAUAAGAACAGCAUUCAAACGAUAAAGAUUGAAGCGGUUCGAGGAUUUGCACGCAAUCCUCGUCCCCUCCGACGAACAACAGACUUUCAGGGUAUCUCAGGAUUUCAAGAGACAUGGUGGGGACAACAAAGUUUUGAAAAAUGAAAGUCGGAGAAGUGCAGUGUUGUCAAUGACCAACUCCAGCGCCGAUGUAUCUUCCUUCCUCCUUACUUUUUCGACAGACAUCAAUGGCUCGGAUUCCGUAAGCCCAGGGCAGUCAGAAAUGUUCACAAUUUUGAGUGAUGUAAGUGCCUCUGAUCCGCCUAAGGACCUUAGCAUUGGACAGUUCUCUAUCUUUAAUAACUUAAGAGCUGUCGAGUUACGGAACACAUUUCCUGGCAGGCAUUCUAUUUGCUCGCAAUUGCAUAGGUACAAGGAGGCUAGAGAGGUCAGAUUUUGUAGGCAACUGGGAAGUGAAUUGUCUAGAUCACCGCACGAAUCUACUUUAAGUGACAACAUGGAUGAUGGCAAGACCAAUUUCCUUUUGCUGGUGAGACUCGGGCAAGUUUGUAUGUCCAAUACCUCAAGAGAGGAGGAUUCUUUAAAUCUGUCGGUCGGCAGCGACUUCAGCUCGUUACAAUUGACUAUAUUAAUUGAUUUGAGGACCGGUAGGUGGAGUGGCAACAACCAUUCUUGAAAACAUGCUAGCUGUAAUGCCCCGGACUCGUCGCAACCCGCCGAUGACGAGAAUUUAGAGAUAGAGGCGUGGACGGCGACGAGGAUGGUGGUGGCUCUCUGUCGCGGAUCCAAGGCAACCGAGGCUAGAAGAGGUAAGGGAAAGUGAGAUAGAAGUAGAGAUAGAGAUAGAGAUAGAAGUGGGGAUUAGAGAUAGAGAAGAAUUGGCGGAAGAAGAGUUUAGAGGAGAAGAGAUUUGGGGAAGAAGAUACUAAUUCCAUUCAUUGAUCAUCAAAAAUGUUUACAACCUGCUUCUUGUACUCCUCCAUACAUAGUAUAAAAAUGUAAAUAACAGAGAAAUGUGGACUAAGCUGUAAUUGUUAAUAAGAAACAAUUAAACAAAGUUGUGGGCCAAUUUUGAUGGGAAUGUGCUCCUCAAGAUCCGCUUACCACUUUCCCCAAAUCUGUACAUUUGGUCGGAUCUCCCUUCCGCCCGACCUCCUCUCUGCCUCCGGUUUCUUCUCCGUCCGCGCCUGAGCCUCCUCUUCGGAAACGCUUCCCGCCGGUCCAGCUUGGCGCGCUUCCUCCUCUUCACCCUGCUGCUGCCCUUAUUCCUCUCUUAACUAGUAAACUGAAUCUUCAUCCCACAAUUUUGGAAGUGCCUCCAAACGCACAUCUGCGAGUACCAAUGAUUUGAGGGAGUGAGGGAGGUCGAAUACAUCCCCAAUAUCGGGGCAAAAUUUAAUUUGGAGUGAGCUUGGAAAAGGUAAAACUCGUAUCUGCAGUCAACUUGAAUUUCUAAUUUGAGUGCGCGUAAGGGCCGCUAAAAAGCAUACCAUAUUCUCUCCCUCGCUCUAAACUCUUUGACCAAAUUCUCUCUCGCUUUAAUCUCUUUGAGUCCUCUCUCUCUCUAUUUCUUUCUUUCUCCGGGCUGUCUUGUCUGUCGCGAGGAAGGAGGGCAGGUCAUCCAUGGGGUGGCUUCUGUCAUUCGCAAAGGAAGUGGUCCAGUCAGCCGCGGCGUCCGUCGUGGCGGACGAGCUGGUCAGACUGCUUCCUUGUUUGGAUCACGAUCUCGAGGUGCUGCGGACAACCCUGCUCACGACCCGCCUCCGCGUUGACAACGCCGAGCAGUGGCGCUUCAAGAACGCCCACUUCGACCAGCUGCUGAUGCAACUGAAGGCCGCCUACUACGACGCCGAGGACCUCAUCGCCGAGUUCGACUACGUCGAGCUGCAGCAGAAGAUCGAGGGCCAGGCAAGUCUGCUCCUCUCUUCGUCUCUCGAUUUCGUGAAGAAUUUAAUUUCCCGCGCUCCCGACAAAGUCCGGCAGUACCAGCGCAGGCUAGAUGAUGCUGCCGCCGCGCUGGAGAAAGUAAUUGUAGAUUUAAAUUUUCGUGAUGAGCCGAAGCGGUCUGACGUGCUACGGCGACGGCAGACGGGCUCGUUCGUUACUGAACCUGAAGUGUUCGGCCGCGACGAGGAGCGGGAGAAGGUGAUUGCCCUGCUGCUGCGGCCGGGCGAUGAAUCUGGCCGGCCCAGUAAUAGUGAAUCUGUUCCUGCUAAAAGAAUGAAGACAGACAAUGUGUCCGUCCUGCCGAUCGUCGGCAUCGGAGGGAUGGGGAAGACUACUCUCGCUCAAGUCGUGUUUAAUGAUCCGAGGGUCCGACACUACUUUGAGACGCGAAUUUGGAUUUGUGUCUCCGAAAUCUUUGAUGUGAAGAGGCUAACUAAGGAGGUGAUAAGCAAUGUUGACCUGAGGCACCAAACUGACGGCAAGAAUUCAAGUUUGUCUCGAACUAAUCGCAAGAAUUUAACUCUGUACCAAACUGGUGGCAAGAAUUUUAGUUCUCUUCAAGUGGUUCUCAAUGAGAUAGCAACGUCAAAAAGGUUUCUUCUCGUCCUCGAUGAUGUGUGGAAUGAGGACAAAAUGGAGUGGGACAAGUUCUAUGCACCGAUGAGGAGUGGGUAUCGGGGAAGCAUGAUCUUGACGACCACCCGGUCGUCGAAGGUCGCUGAUAUAAUGGGCACCAUGGAUUCCAUCUUUCUGGAGGGCUUACCAGAUGAUUCUUUUUGGGAAUUCUUCAAAACAUGUGCAUUUGGUUAUGGGAAUGAAAAACUCAAUCAAGAGCUGGAGAGUAUUGCUAAGAAGAUUGCUACCAAGUUAAAGGGAACCCCAUUAGCGGCAAAAACUGUAGGGGGGCUAUUGAAGGAGAAAAUGGAUGCCAAUCACUGGAGGAGUAUCAUGAAUAGUGAAAUGUGGAAACUUCGACAAGGUGAAAAUGACAUCUUUCCUGCCCUGCAAUUGAGCUAUCAGUAUCUCCCGCCACAUCUAAAGCGAUGUUUCUCAAUUUGCUCCAUUUUUCCCAAAGAUUAUGAAAUCGAUGAAGUCUCUCUAAUCGAAUUAUGGGUAGCACAAGGCUUCGUCACAUCGGAAGAUAACAUGCUACCAAAAGAUGUAGCAACCAGGUACUUGGGUGAGUUGACAAGCCGAUCCUUCCUUCGACUGCGUAACCCAAAUAAAAGAUACUAUGUGAUCCAUAAUUUAAUGCAUGACUUGGCGCGAUCUGUUUCAGCACAUGAAGUUCUGAUGGUACAGAAUAAUAAAUGCGAACAAAGCAGCCCUUCUAGUGUUCGCCAUUUGGCGAUACUUGGUUCAUAUCUGGAAUCAAGCAUGUUAAAGGAAAUAGGUAGGUACAGUAGGCUGCGGUCAGUUUUAAGCGGAAUCUUUUCUGGACAUUGGAGCCCAACAUAUUUGUAUUUCAAUUUGACUCCUGCAUCUGGAUCCUGGUUUACUCAACUCAGAUAUAUUCGCUUACUGGACAUAAGCAGAUGUGCUAUCAAAGAAUUGCCUGAGAGCAUUGACAACUUAAAACUUCUCCAAUACCUUAAUAUAUCUGAUACGGCUAUUGGAAGGUUACCCAACUCACUUUGUUGCUUGUAUAAUCUACGAGUUUUGAAUCUAGAUGGUUGUCCACUUCAGAGCAUUCCUAAAGGCUUUAUCAAGCUGAUUAACUUGCAGAAUCUUUAUAUGGGACAGAAUUUGUUUUCUCAGGUAGCUGAGAUUGGGAAGCUAACUUCUCUUCAGAAUUUGCCACGUUUUGAAGUUCGGAAGGAGAAUGGACAUAGGAUUGCAGAACUAAAGGAUUUGACUCAGCUUCGCAGAACACUGUGUAUUAAGAGUCUUGAAAACGUUGAAAGCCAGGAAGAUGCUUGUCAAGCAAAGCUAUGUGAGAAAAAAAACCUAGACGAAUUGGUUCUGGGCUGGUAUUCAAACAGAAACACUAAUCCAGUGUUUAAUGACUUUCCCCUUCAUGAAAAGGUGCUUGAAGGCCUCUCUCCACAUCGAAACCUCAGAAAAUUGGAAAUCAUAUCCUAUUAUGGCAACAAACAUCCAAGUUGGCUGCAGAGAGAAAAGUUACCUUUCCUAACUUCAGUCCGAAUUCAAGAUUGCCCUAAUCUUAAGGAUAUAUGCUACCUUCCUCGUUCCCUCGAAUUAUUGGUACUUGAAAGUGUGGGCUGGGAAUCGCUUCCCAAAUUGUGGGACGAAGAUUCACCUGUGGAAGGCAUAAGAAGCGGGAGCAUGGAGAGCUCAUCCCUCUCUUACUUAUCCAUUAACAGCUGCUCCAAUCUAACAAGUCUCUACGAGUGGUUGUUGCCGCUCUACCUACCAGCACUCAAAUCAAUAAACAUAGUCGAUUGCACUAAGCUAACAGCGCUGCAUAUAGAAAGAUUUAAGGAAUUCUUGUCUCUUGAGCGACUGGAAAUAAAAAAUUGCCCCAAGCUCGCCAGCCAAGAGGAACUGUUCUUGCCAUCAUCUCUUUUGUCACUGCAUAUAAAUUCAUGUGGUGAUCUAGACAAGUCAUUUCCCAGUUGCCUACAGAAUCUAACCUCGCUCAUGGACUUGGACUUGUUCAAUUGUCAGCACAUAGAAUCCCUUCCGAGUAAGUUUCUUGGUAACUUGACUUCUCUCAAGUUAUUACGUAUCGUGAACUGUCCAGAGCUAAGGUCUUUAGGGGGAUCAGGGGCACUCACAUCUCUCCAAGAGCUGACUAUUUUAGAGUGUCCUAGGCUUACAGAAACAGAGCCGAUGAUGUAUGUCAAUAGAGUGUGGAGGAAGGAUGAUCCGGUAACGCUGGUAGUGGUCAUUGACAACACCACCCUUCUCCAACUUCCAUUUUUCAGAAAUUUAUUGCCCUCCACCAUGUCUCUUAAAAUCCAGAAUUCCCUCGAAUCUCUGAUAUUUGUCGAAGAUUCUAACGAAUGGUUGCAAAUCCUCGCAUCGGUUCGAUAUCUAUCAUUUGAACACUGUUCUAAUCUCAGAUCACUGCCGGCUUGGUUACGCAGCUCGACUUCUUUACAGUUAAGAAUGACAGAUUGUCCUAAGAUCGACUUGCUGCCAAGCCUGCCAGCUACCCUAUAAUACUUGCACUUUCCAACUGCAAUUUGAAGCUGAUACAACAGUUGAAAAUGUACAGCACAGCGAUAAAGCAGCAUCAAUCUCAUAGAUUUGCAAUAGAUCCUUCUAUUGCUACCACUUAGAUUACAUCUGUGGAACGAAUUCGUAAACACUCUAUUCCCCUGCAAUUGAUCCUGCUAAGUUUGAAUCCAAACAUGCUUUAGCUUCCCAGAAACACUCACCAAAAAAGACAAAAAACUGAAAAAAGAGGUCCACAUCCACAAAUAUGCAUCUGAAGGUUUCAAGAAAUUAACCAUUCAUCUAAGGUAGUGACUCUUUGCCAUGAAGAACAUUAUUCGGAUGUUUGAAAUGCUUCGUGAUCCUUCUGCGCACGAAAAGUUUCACUCCCUGAAUGGCGAGCCUCAGCCUCUUCAGCCUCGAGCCGAUCUUCACCCUAACUUUAAACACUCGUCGCCUCGAGUAGUAUUGCCUCGAAAGAGAUUCAGCUUCUUCCAACACUUUGUAGAUAAGAUAUUGCGCCCUUCGGUGCCGAAGCUCGUCUGGGUCCUCCUCCUCAACCCUUGUGUAUGAAAAUGGUGCCCUCAGAAGGAUCAUUAUUAAAAGAGUAAUGCAACAAAAUGAAGGGCUAAGAAGAGAGAAAUAGAGAGGUGAAGAGAGAGAUCAUGUUCUAUAUCAUCAUAGUGUCAAAGAGAUGUGGAAAGAGAAAUAUAUAGAUGUCUCAACUGGUCUUCAUAUCAAACUUGUCUUCAAACAUAAGAAACUGAGGGAGGCUCAUUGUGGCCUUUCCUAUACUAUUUUUAAUACCUAUUUAGUUGGAUAAUGUGGAAGUUCAUGAGGUAUAUAUCCAAAAGCCAAAAUGCAUGUAUGUCAUGUAGUAAUUGAUUGUGUAUUAUAUUUAGACUCUUUGCAGUAUAAAAAUGGCAGUUUCUUA